AUGACGACUGCAAACCCUCAACAGCCUCAGUUUACGCUGUUCCACAAGUUCAGCACCGAAGUUCGACCAUCUGAAUUGGUACGACGAGAUGAUCGUCUUCGUUCAAUAACAUGCUCUUUUAAAGAAAUUGCAGAGUCAGAGGAAGAGGAUAUUCAGCUCCCAGAACGAACUUCACCCGAUGGACGAUCACCAUUUGCUGUCGCUUUCGAUUCUCCAUUCGCCGAACGGCGUGGAACCUCCACUCGGAGCCUGAGCCCUAACUUCGCGAGAAAGCUUUCCGUACCCCGACUGUGUCGUGGGUUUUCGCAUAAUAGCUUGCCUGUUCGUUCGACUAUGCUUGGAUCUCUGAGUCCUGAUAGACAUAAUGGUGCACCUGAUUUGCUCACACUUCCACCAAUUCCUGAGACAACCUCAUCAUAACUGAUAGUCAUUUUUACAAGGAUUUUCCUCAGCCGGAAUUCGUCUUGUCUAUUCCGCACAAAGUAUCGCAGAUCUACCCUUGGUGCUGGAUGCUCGAAGGUCCAUGGAUUUUUUUAUAUGAACAUCUUUGAUCUGAAUCCUUACAUAAUAGGAGCUCAAACCUUUUGACCAUUGUUCUUCACAUCUCCCGCGAAAUCAAAGCAGUGACUCUUUAGCUUUGUGAUCUCUUUCUAGUCUCUCCAAAUUAUCAGAUUUCAUGGUUUUUUGAUUUUACGAGUACUUGCAUAUAUUUCUUGUUCGGGUUUACAACUACUUGAGUGAUUUGUAAGCGGGUUUGUUCAAAUUGAUGUGAUUGUCAAUAUACUUACAAUGAAUUUUUGAAUCUGAAUUAGUUCUCGGACUAGGUUUUGUAUUGAAACCCUCGCAUAGCCGAAGUGUUUGGCUACUCGAGUCUAUCAUUUUUGAAGUUUCCUUUGUCAUGGCGUAAGUCAGAUGCGCGCUCGGAAUUUUAACAGAUGCAAG